AUGAUGGACGAGGAAGACGAGGAUGGAGUGGACAAUGAGGUUGACUCAGAUGAAUCCGGUGGAUCCGAUACUUCAGAUGAUAACGAAGAGGCGGAUCCGAUCCCCUCUUCUUGGAACCAUGAUUUGUCGGAGGCAAUGAUAGUCGAUGAUCGGCACGAUUCUGCCUGGGAGUACAGCAUGAACACCAUCUCAGUUGGUGCUAGAUAUGCUGACAAGAGACAUCUGCAGGAAGCAAUCACUCAGUGGGCAAUGAACACGCAAAGGAUGUCCAUCAAGGGUGCAUGGGUACUGUCCAAGUAUGACACAACAUGGGUGGUGAGCGACUUCGUGCCGCACACAUGUGUCCUUAAGAGUAUGUUGAAGGAUCACCGAAACCUUACAUCCACUCUUAUUGCUCGCCUGUUCUACAAGGAGAUUGUAGAGAAUACAGCAAUGGGGGUUAAAGCCAUCCAGAGAAGAGUUCACCUUCAAUAUAAGUAUGUAAUUGAAUAUGGCAAGGCAUGGAGGGCUAAACAGACGGCACUGGAGAACAGAUUCGGGACCUUCUAUGAUGCUUAUGACGGUGUCGUCCGUCUCCUGCAGACAUUGAAGGACCGGAAUCCGGGCACCCAUGUGGACAUACAAGACUUUGUGAUACCAGAGUUCCCUAAUGUCAGGGUUCUGCACAGGGUGUUUUUCGCAUUCAGCAUAUGCAUCGAGGCUUUCAUGCACUGUCGUCCGGUGAUGUGUGUAGAUGGAACUUUUCUAACUGGGAGGUACAAGGGACAGAUUCUGACAGCAAUUGGAGUGGAUGGCAACAAUCGAUGUGUGCCUCUCGCAUUUGCAUUUGUUGAGAGCGAGAACACUGCUAGCUGGUUAUGGUUCUUCAGGCAGUUAAAAAAAUCGAUAGUGAAAGAUCGCGAAAAUGUGUGCGUGCUACAUGACAGGCAUGCAGGUAUACUUGCGGCUAUCAAGACUCUGGUAGAAGCCGGACCUGAUGAAGAGACGCCAUGGCAGGAUAUGCAGAGUAGGUGGUGCAUGCGCCACCUGGGGGCCAAUUUCUUCUCGCAGUUUAGGAGCAAGGGUCUUAUGAAUCUGUUCAAGAAGUUGUGCAAGCAGAAUCAAGAAUGCAAGUACACUUUUCUCCGCGGCAAGCUGGAUGAGUUCACUAAGGACCAUGUGCGGGACAGGUUAGCCGCCCGAGCUGCAUUAGUAGCAGCUCAUGCAGCAGCUGUGGCACAGGGUACACAGGUUCCAGAUGAGGGCCCCGAGCCAGAUCCUAUUGGGCUAUGUACCGCCGAGCCCGAGGCCACCAUCUCCUAA